AUGAGUCUAGAGGAAAUCAUAAUUGCAGAGUGUACUGACGAUCAUGAUGAUCAAUAUUUCAAAGCGCUCAUGGAUGGGGGUAGCUCAACAAGACAAGGAAGAAAGAGAGCCCACAUUGAUAGGGGUCAUGUAGAAGGACACCAACGUUUGUUCGAUGACUACUUUUCUGAUGAACCGGUGUAUACAGAAUAUCAAUUUCGAAGAAGAUUUAGAAUGCAUAGACAUGUAUUCCUACGCAUAGUGCAAGCUCUAGAAAAUCAUUCAGAGUAUUUCCAUAUGAGGUUUGAUGCAGUCGGUAGAAGGGGGCUUUUGCCAUUACAGAAGUGCACCGCUGCUAUGCGAAUGUUGGCAUAUGGAGCGCCUGUCAAUUAUGUUGAUGAGUAUGUUCAAAUUGGUGAAACUACCGCUAUUGAAUGUCUAGUCAAUUUCGUUCGAGGAGUGAAUGAUAUUUUUGGGACCGAAUAUUUAAGACGACCCAAUGCUGGGGACAUUCGUCGCUUACUUCAAAUGGGGGAGGUGCGUGGAUCCAAUAAUGAUCUCAACGUGUUAAAUCAAUCCCCAAUAUUCACUGAUAUCUUACAAGGGCAAGCUCCGAGAGUUGAGUUUACGAUAAAUGGCACGCAAUACAAUAAGGGGUACUAUCUAGCAGAUUGUAUUUAUCCAGAGUGGGGUACAUUUGUUAAAACUAUCCCACUGCCUCAAGGAGAGAAAAGAAAAUUAUUUGCCCGAUGCCAAGAAGCGGUACGCAAAGAUGUUGAGCUAGCAUUCAGAGUACUUCAAUCUCGUUUUGCUAUUGUACGAGGACCAAUAUGUUUUUGGCAAAAUGAUGUUCUCAAAGAUAUUAUAUAUGCAUGCAUCAUAUUGCACAACAUUAUUGUCGAGGAUGAAAGAGAUGCAUAUGAGGGUUUGUUUGAUUUUAAUUAUGAUGACGGCUCUGCCGACACCCUAAUGGUUGAAGUAUUGCAUGGACCUAUUUCUGACUUCCCGACAAUGCUUCAAAGAAAUGCUGAAAUUCGUGAUAGAAACAUUCAUCGCAAUCUUCAGGCGUACUUGGUAGAGCACAUAUGGUCAAAAUUUGGAAAUCAUUUUAAUUAG